UCAACGCAUCCCGCUGCAGUCGGCAGGAUCGCUUUCAUCGGGUUAACGGGCGUUGUGGGAUAUCAAUACGGUGACCUUUAUAUAUACCGGGGUGACGCGGUUGUUGGUGUCUAACGGGAGUUUAAGUGCGUGUGAUUGGUUUCCGCUUAUAUAUUAUUAGAAUGAAGGUCAUGGGUGAUUUGGUGCCGUAUUUAAGCUUCCUGUUGGUUGUGCUUCUACUUCCCACCGGAAAUGCCCAGCCGGAUGCGCUGGAUGAUCCUACCGGAAAUGCGCCGUGGUAUCUGGGCAAACGUUCCGGAAAGGACCCCUCUCUGCCUAACAGCGUCUUCAGUCCGGCCUAUCAAUUCGGGCGAUGGGGCACGGGCAAUCUGUACCUACCGCCCAAGGGCCGCCGUAUGUACUACGGCCCCAUACCCAACCUCAACGAUCCCCUCCUACCGGGCAAACGACUCAUGUACUACAAAGGCCUCACCGAGUGAUCCAUUUUACCAUAUCUAACGCUCUGGCGCUUCCUGUUUCUUUCAUUAAAUACGUCUAUAGAAUUUACAAUAAUAUAGCGGAAUUUGGGUGUGUUUGUUAAGGUCAAUCGGUCAGUACGUACCGCACAUGUAUUUCUUAUGGUUAGAAUGGUUGAUAAUGGAUCUCUAAAAUGAAUUUAAUUGCAGCUGUUUCGACUUCGGUUUUUUGUUUAAUUAUCGUAUGAUGACUUUUUUGAACUGCUAUAGCUGCUGGUGAACGCGCUCGCUGCAAAUAUUCAGCUUUAAUAAAUUUUAUUCAUGUCAGUAUUGAUUAAAAUUC